GUUGGGAGCGCGGCUGGGGACAGCGGAGACCGCGGCGGCAAACAGGGCGUCAGCUGCCGUGUUGUCGGCCCAAGAUGGAGUUCCUCCUGGGGAACCCGUUCAGCACCCCUGUGGGGCAAUGUCUCGAAAAGGCAACUGAUGGCUCCCUGCAGAGUGAGGACUGGACAUUGAACAUGGAGAUCUGUGACAUCAUCAAUGAGACGGAAGAAGGGCCAAAGGAUGCCAUCCGGGCCCUGAAGAAGCGGCUCAGUGGGAACCGGAACUACAGGGAAGUGAUGCUGGCGCUGACAGUGCUGGAGACGUGUGUGAAGAACUGUGGCCAUCGCUUCCACAUCCUAGUGGCCAACCGAGACUUCAUCGACAGCGUUCUGGUCAAAAUCAUCUCUCCCAAGAAUAACCCUCCCACCAUUGUACAGGACAAAGUGCUUGCUCUGAUCCAGGCGUGGGCUGAUGCCUUUCGGAGCAGUCCUGACCUCACCGGUGUUGUGCACAUCUAUGAGGAGCUGAAGAGGAAGGGGGUCGAAUUUCCCAUGGCAGACUUGGAUGCGCUGUCUCCCAUCCAUACACCCCAGCGGAGUGUCCCAGAAGUAGAUCCAGCCUCGACCAUGCCCAGGUCCCAGUCGCAGCAGAGGACCAAUGCCAGCUCCUAUUCCUCGCCUCCUCCUGCUUCCUACUCCGCUCCCCAGGCCCCGGCUCUCAGUGUGACUGGUCCCAUCACGGCCAAUUCAGAACAGAUUGCCAGGCUGCGGAGUGAGCUGGACGUUGUCCGGGGAAACACAAAAGUCAUGUCAGAGAUGUUAACAGAGAUGGUCCCUGGACAGGAAGAUUCAUCAGACCUGGAGCUGCUGCAGGAGCUGAACAGGACCUGCCGGGCCAUGCAGCACCGCAUCGUGGAGCUCAUCUCCCGCGUGUCCAACGAGGAAGUCACCGAGGAAUUGCUGCAUGUCAAUGAUGACCUCAACAAUGUCUUCCUCCGCUAUGAGAGGUUCCAGCGAUACAGGUCGGGCCGAUCAGUUCAGAAUGCCAGCAAUGGAGUGCUGAAUGAAGUGACUGAAGAUAACUUGAUAGACCUGGGCCCUGGCUCUCCUGCUGUGGUGAGCCCAGUGGUGGGGAGCACGGCACCCCCAUCUUCCCUCUCCUCCCAGCUCGCAGGCUUGGACUUGGGGACAGAGAGCGUCAGUGGCACCCUCAGUUCACUCCAGCAGUGUAACCCUCGUGACGGCUUUGACAUGUUUGCCCAGACUAGAGGGAACUCCUUGGCAGAGCAACGCAAGACGGUCACCUAUGAGGAUCCCCAGGCUGUCGGAGGACUCGCUUCUGCACUAGACAGUCGGAAACAGAGCUCAGAAGUGAUCCCCGUUGCGCAGCCCUCUGUUAUGGACGACAUUGAGGUGUGGCUCAGGACGGACCUGAAGGGCGAUGACCUGGAAGAGGGAGUCACAAGUGAAGAAUUUGAUAAGUUCCUGGAAGAAAGAGCCAAAGCUGCUGAGAUGGUUCCUGACCUCCCCUCACCCCCCGUGGAGGCCCCCACCCCAGCCUCAAACCCUUCUGGCCGGAAGAAGCCAGAGCGGUCAGAGGAUGCCCUCUUCGCCCUGAUGGCCCAGAGGAUGCACCUAUCACCGCCAGAGCACCAGCCCCAGCAGGGAAAGGAGGCCAGCUGCACAGGCACAGGGACAGUGACCAGGUUCUGGGAAGCAUUUAGGGCCAGGUCUGCAGUAAGGGCCCUGCUGAGUACUAGCAGGAAUAGCCCCACCCCAGAACCCCAUGCUCAGCCUAGUUCUGUGGAGACACCCAGGAAGCCCCUCCUCAGAGCUCCCAGCCCUCUCCUCCUUGGAGCCCAUGUCCCUCUUCUACUCUCUGCUCCCUGGCCAUCGGUCAGCACACGCCCCUCGCAGCACCUCUCAAGGGCAGAGCUCCUGAGGCCUGCUUAUGUAUAAAACUUCAAAAGGAGGCUGGCUUGGGUCAAGCUAAAGAGAAGGUAACUGGGGUGGCCCAGAGGUCUCAGCUCUUUGGAACAGUCUGGGGGUCAGAGCCCACCUUGGCCAGCCUGCCGGAGCCACAGGUGAUGGCAGCCAGGUCCAGCAGCCUCCUACCUUGAGGAGGGUGUAGAGAGAAAGAGGGAGCUCUUUUUGAAGUGAGUGAGGCUAAGAUAGAUGCCAUCCUGGGGUCCCCAGCAAAGUCCUAUGUCCAAAGCUGUCCCCCAAAUCCAGCUCCAGCUGGUUGGUACAGGUUGGAGAGGUUUGGCAGCCCUGUGGCAGCAGCUGGUGAAGGACCCCUGUGGGCCAGCAGGAGUCCUCUAUCGUGCAGACAAAGGUCCCCUGCCUUUGUGGCCUGGAGCUGGUGACUCAGAGAUCUCCCGCUCCUGCAUCCUGUCAGGAGGCAGCCUGUCCCUCCUGUAAGCAGAGGGGACACAGGCCUGAGGCCUGCCCUGGGAGCGUGUACAGGUGGGUGCCCUGAAGGACGCACUGCUCAGCUCUUGCAGGGGUGUUAUCUGAGACCUCUGGCUCCCACUUACCCUGCCAUCUGGGGAGCACAGUCCUGAGGCCACCUGCUUAGGGCAGGGAGCAGAGCCCUGGUGGGAACGCUGGACCCUAGCAAGCCACCAGCCUCCAGAAGUGUUAGAAAUCACAGAUACAGUAUGUACUUAAUUACACUAAAUUAUUGCUGGGAUUCCUCAUAAGCACUAAUUAUACCUGAUUAUAGGUUAAAAUAUUUAUUUUGUCAAAAUAUUUUCUUGGGGAUGUGUUUAACCUUUUUUUGUGCUCAUUGUGUGCUGAGAUGUGAAGACUAACUGUUUCCUCCUGCCUACCUUUUUGGCCAGCGGGCAACAGUAAAUGGCACUAUAUGCAGUUUGACCCCCAUGUGGCAGGCUCUGGCCUGCCUGCUGCAGAGUGGUCCCUGCCCAGGCACACAGCAGCUGGACUGUGGCCAGACUGAGAAUGACCAACUUGUUUAUCAAUAGUCGUGGGACACGGGGUUUCAGAAGUGAAAGGGCUUGUUGUCAGCCCAGGCCAGAGGGAAAAAUGAUUGUCUAUGUCUGUCCUCCCGUCUGUCUGUCAGCCCCUCUGUGAGUGACCGUGCCUUGGCUCACUGUCCUUCCCUCUCUCCCACCCAGUGGUCCUGGGGCCUGUGCUGUUACUGCAGCCCCUUAGGAGGUGAGAAUUGGGCACCCCGUAGUGUUCUCAGCUCAGAGUGAUGGCCAGGGCUCUGCAGGCCCGGCUGUAGUGCUCCUGUCCCUCCUCCCUUCCUGCCUUCCUCCAUACCCCACUCCUGUCCCUCCUCCCUGUCACUGCAAAUGCCCCUCCAACUGGAGCCCAGGGUGGUUCUGGAUGGUUCAGGGUGGGCCAUGGGCCUCCUAGGAGCCAGAUCACCCCCCUGGCAGCUGGGGAAGAGCCCCAGGGAGAAGUGCUUGCUCUUAGCCUCUUGCACUACCAGAUGGGGCCUGCGAGACUCCAUGGUCUGUUGUCAGCCUGCUGAUGAGACAUCUGGGCUUCUCCUCCUGCUCAGCCACACAGGGAAACAGCCACUCUCCCUCACCCAAGGAAUGUUCCCACCCCAAAGAUGCUCGGGCCCUGUAGUACCUGCCUUUCCCAGGCCCGUCUCCAGCCCUGCUGUCCAUGGGGAUCCAGGCCAGGCUCCCCUGUGGCCACCAGACUCCGGAGCAGCUGUCAACCGCUGCAUCAUGACUGAUUUUGUCACAGUGUCCCAAAUCUCCAGGUUCUCCUGGAGAAUGGGGAAUGGAUCUUUAUUUCCUGAAGUUUGCACUUAAUUUGUGACUGUUCCAGAAGAGGAAUGUGUUGAGUCCUUUGUCCCCUCGUUCCAGAAGUCUGGUGUUCUUGUCACUGUCCUGUGUUUCUGUGGGCAGAGCUGGUUCUGGAGGGUGGGUCAGUGAUCGAAUGUCUCAGAGGGACACUGGAGCAUCCACCUGCCCCACUGGCUCUCCUUCCAGAUACCAUCUCUCUAGUUUGGGUUCUUGCAUGUAAAGUAAUCCACAAUAAAUAAAUACUUGAACAAACUGUU